AAAAAGAAAGCGUUGCGUAGUGAUCUUUUUACUAAAGAUUUCUUUGAAGAAAGAAAUCUUUCACCAGAUCAUAAAGAUGCCAAAACUCAUAGAAAAGUUCAGUAUCUUAAUUGUCCUGAUUAUAAUAUAACUAAUCUUUGGCAUUAUAUAGAAGUUCAUCAUCCAGAAAAAGAUCCAAGGUCCAAUAAAAGAGCAAAAAAAAAUUCAGAAGGUCAAAGUACAUUAGAUGAAUUUGUAGGUCAAAUAUAG